AUGGGGGUCCGCCGCGAGCUCCGGCGCCGCCUUCUCGGGCGCCCCGAAGUCGCGGGGCGGGGGGCCCAGCCAGCCUUCGAUUGGGAGCUCGAGGGCGUUGUCUCGCGGAGCCAGUCCGCGGACGCUGCCGCGGCCGGGGUUCGCGGACUCGGCGCCGACGCCUGCCCCGCGGGGAUCGCCCGCCGCCGCGCCGCGCGGGGGCCCGGCGAUUUUGGCGGCGCCGCCGCUGGCGGGCUCGACCGCGCCGGCGCCGGAGAUCCCGACGCGGAGCAAAAGACAGGCCACUUCGACGAUGGGAUGGCCCUCCAGCCAGACGCCGCGCAGAGCGCGAGUUUCGCGCUGCGGCCAUUCAGCGGCACGAAAUUCCGUUGGGAUUUCGAGGGGGCGGCCGGGCUGGCCACGGCCCGGGAGUUCGGCUCCGCUUGGGUGCGGCUGCGCCACCUCGACGAGUCCAGCGCGCGGAGGUACCUUGAUGGGGGCUCAGCGACUCGCUACCUCCUGGCGGAGUGCGAGAAGCUAACCGCGGAGGUCUGGGAGUCUGGCGAGGCGCAACUCGGCAGCCGCGCUGCCGCGCGCCGCCUGGGCACGGGGGCCGACGGCUGUCGGGCGAUGCGCUGGCGUCUGGAAGGCCAGGGGCACCUGGGGUUCGAACGUCAUUCAGACUUGCUCGGUUGCGCGAACCUGGGCCCCGCUGGCCUCGAGCGGGCCUUGGCGGGCAGCCGCUGCCUCUUCGCCGCGCGCCAGAUCGUCGGCGUCUGUCUCCGGGCCGGAGCCCCGGCACUGGAAAAUUUUUACGGGCCUCCGGUGUUGACGCUUGUGGGCGUGGAUUGGUACAGGCCGCCCUGCGGCCUUCGCAGGGCGCUGGCGGAGCUGCGGCGGCGCCUGCCACGGGCCGCCGCCGCCGGGGAGUGCCCGUUGGCGUGGGCGCAGCGCGAGCAGGCGGCGGGCAGGCACCGCGCAUUGUCGCAGGACGAGCUCGCGGCGGUGCGUUGCUGCCUGCAGCAGGAGCAGCCUGACCUGUUCCUGUGCCUGAACCAGGCCCUCUUCGACUGGGAGCCCGGCCAGGCGGGGAGCGACUUCGACGCCUGGGAGUCGCUUGCGGCCCACGCCCUGCCCGGGCUGGCCAGGCUCCGGCAGCCCGCCGAGCACACGGUGGACGAGCCACUCUUGCCCGGCAGAGGCGUCUCCUGCGGCCGCCUGGAGCGCGCCGCCCACCUGCGGCCAGAGGAGCUGCAGUUGCUGCGGCGCCAGGUGGGGCAGGAGGUGUGCUUCGCUGGGCUGCAGAGCGCCGCGGCCACAUCGCCUACGUGGAUUCUGUCCGAUUGCCCGCCGGGACACGUGCCUUGCAUCCUGCAGUUCGAGGGCUCCGCGGCCGCCGAGGGCGUCGACGUGUCCGCCUUUUCCGAUGAGCAGCCGGAGACCGAGUUCCUGCUGCCGCCCUACCUGCGGACGCCUUGGAGGCCACGCAGGUUUUCUUCGCAAGGCAUUGCAGGGUUCUGGGCAUCGAGACGGCGCUUGCGCAGGGAUCGGCGGACGUUGCUACGGAGGUCCUGCGCAUCCGCCUCUCGGGCACGCGGAUGCCGCCGCCGUUGCCGCGGGUGUUGGCGGCGCCCGACGAGGACGUGUUGGUCGCGGCGUUGUUCGUGGGGCUGCACUGCAGGCCCUGGAGACGAAGACGAUCAUCACCACGAUUCACUUCGGAGACAGCACCAUUGGCCGCCGCAGCCCUGGCCAAAGCCCUGGAGACGAAUACGGGCGCCGCCCUGUCGCAGUGAGGGGCCAUCGCGCGUGGAGGGGUCCUGAGGACUUGCCAGGAGAGCGUUGUUUGCCGCGCCAUGGCGUUUCCGAUUGCCUGCCUCCGCGCUUCGCCCCUUGCCUUUCACCUCCCCAGUCCUCCCUCCCUCCCUCCCUCCCGCCGGCUGUUCACUGAGUCCCACCUGUUUCACUUCACGGACCCAGGUUAGCUUGACAGCCACGUCCCGCCUCGCAGAUUUGGGCGUUCGGCGGGGGAAAAAUGGCUUUAGCUUGGCAUCGCUCGGACGUGUGCAUUUUUUCUUCG